AUGCCGAUGCUUGAGCAUGUCCCCGCCGGCUACCAAGCCGCCACUGCCACAGCAGCAUCAAAUACGGGCGUUGAGCUGCAGUCAAAUGUAGGCGACUUCAAGUUCACAUUUGAUGCGCUGCAACCGGGUCUCUUCCGCACUACCUUUACUUCACCGAAACACUUGCUCCCGCCUCAUCGAGCUACCCCGGUGCCCGAGAAGAAGCUGGACGACGCCAACGCUCGAGUGUUGUCGUCGAGCGCAGCUGCAAAGACUCUCGAAGUCCAUGGCAUAACUGCGAGCGUAGACUGGGAAAGCGGACUCCCUCUCGUCUCUCUGACGCUUCCCGGUCAACAAAAACCAAUCCAUUCCGAUUUGCCCAAUCGCUCCUACGUCGCUGAUGGGCCUGGAGUUUCCCACUACACACGCUACAACCAUGGCACGCUACAUCUUGGACUCGGCGAGAAGCCAGCGCCCAUGGAUCUCUCAAACCGUCACUUUGUGCUAUCGGCAACUGAUUCCUUUGGCUAUGACGUAUACCGGACGGAUCCAAUGUACAAGCACAUUCCACUGCUCAUCAAUGCUACGCCAGAUGGCUGUGUGGGUAUCUUCUCUACCUCACAUGCGCGUGGCUUUUACUCGGUUGGCUCUGAGAUGGACGGCAUGUGGGGCCGUUUCAAGGUCUACCGCCAAGACUACGGUGGUCUGGAAGAGUAUCUCCUCGUAGGCAAGACAUUGCCGGAUAUCGUUCGUAUCUACGCUGAUCUGGUCGGCUACCCAUUGCUCGUGCCGCGAUGGGCGUUUGGCUAUCUGGCCGGCGGGAUGAAGUACUCUAUGACAGAUGACCCGCCAGCGAGUCAGAGUAUGAUGGAAUUUGCUGCAAAGUUGAAGCAACAUGAUAUUCCUUGCUCAGGAAUGCAAAUGUCUUCUGGCUACACAGUUGCCGAGACGGAGCCAAAGACGCGUAAUGUCUUUACAUGGAAUCGCCACCGGUUUCCCGAUCCAAAGGGCUGGAUCGACGCGUAUCACAAGGAGGGAAUCCGUCUUAUUGCAAACGUAAAGCCAUAUGUGCUUGGUAGUCACCCAGAGUAUCAGAAGCUGAAGGCUGCCAAUGCUUUCUUCACCGACUCGCUGACAAAGGCGUCUGCUGAAGCUCGUCUCUGGAGCGCAGGCGGCGGCGAGAGCGGUGUUGGUGGACACAUUGACUUUACAUCGAAAGCUGGGUACCAGUGGUGGUACGAGGGCAUCCGUGAACUCAAGCGGAUAGGAAUCGAUUGUAUCUGGAACGACAACAACGAGUACACUAUUCCUCAUGAUGGCUGGCAAUGCGAACUUUCCGAGCCGUCCGUCACUCAAGAGCCAAAGGACAAGAGUUAUGGCCAAGAGAUUGGAUUCUGGGGUCGCGCACUGAACAAUGAGCUCAUGGGUAAAUCCUCUCACGAUGCAUCGCUGGAGAUUGAACCAGAGCAGCGGCCCUUCAUCCUGACUCGCAGCGCCACAGCUGGUACUCUACGUUACUGCGCCAGCGCCUGGAGUGGAGACAACGUGACUUCAUGGCCAGGCAUGAAAGGCGCAAACGCUCUCUCCCUCACCGCUGGAGUCUGCCUAAUGCAGUGCUACGGCCACGACAUUGGCGGCUUCGAAGGGCCUCAACCCACUCCCGAGCUUCUCGUCCGCUGGUGCCAACAAGGCAUCUACAGUCCUCGGUUCGCAAUCAACUGCUUCAAGACAGGAAACGACAACAGCGUCGGCGACGUAAUCGAGCCAUGGAUGUACCCGGAGACGACAGCACUCGUCAGAGACAUCAUCAAGCGCCGCUACGAAAUGAUUCCCUACCUCUACUCCCUCGCACUUCACUCACACAUGACGGCUACCCCGCCCCAGCGCUGGACCGGCUGGGGCUACGAGUCUGAUGCGGAGAUCUGGAGCAACAGGACACUUACAGACGGUGAAACACAAUACUGGCUAGGCGACGCGCUUCUCGUUGGCGGCGUCUUCGAGGCCGGUGCCGAAAGUGCAAAAAUGUAUCUUCCCAAGGACGCCUCAGAUCCCAAUGCAGCGUUCCUUGAUCUCAACAACGAGCCUCAGACGUAUUACCAGGCAGGACAAUGGGUCGACGUGAAAGCCAAGUGGACGGAAAGCAUACCGGUGCUCGCCAAGGUUGGAUCAGCCAUCCCUGUGGGAAGGGCAGAGCCAGUGCUUUCUGUAGGCGACAAGAGCAAUCCAGCUAAUCUCCUGCGCGACGAUUACCGCGCUGUGGAGGUGUUCCCGCCAAAAGGGUCAUCUGGGGGUAAGGUGUACACGACGACGUGGUACGAGGACGAUGGAGUGUCGCCGGCGCCUGCAAAGAUCUCUGUCUUUGUAGUCAAGUACGAAACUACGGAUGCAGAGAUCUUGGUACAGUACGAAGAGAAGCUGCAGGCGGGAUUCGAGCCAGCGUGGUCGGCACUGGAUGUUGUUUUACCAAGGGGCGAUGCGAGAAGCGUGGUGUUGAAUGGGAACAAGGCGGAGAAGGGAGAAGCUGAUGCGAAGGGGAGAAUGAGGUGGAAGGGUACAGCGGUGAGAUGA